GGGAACACCAUUAUCAUUAUCCCAUCCCUCAUAAAUUAAGUUCUAUCUUUUCCUUUUGCUUUUCCGGUCAUCUGAAAUGGCUCGUACCAAGCAAACAGCAAGGAAAUCAACCGGAGGGAAGGCACCACGGAAGCAGCUGGCAACGAAGGCAGCCAGGAAGUCAGCUCCUGCAACCGGAGGAGUGAAGAAACCUCAUCGUUUCAGACCUGGAACGGUAGCAUUGAGAGAGAUUAGGAAGUAUCAGAAGAGUACUGAGCUUCUGAUCCGUAAGCUUCCAUUUCAGAGGCUGGUGAGGGAAAUUGCUCAGGAUUUCAAGACAGAUCUGAGGUUUCAAAGCAGUGCCGUUGCAGCUCUUCAGGAGGCUGCAGAAGCAUACCUUGUGGGUCUUUUUGAGGACACAAAUCUCUGUGCCAUUCAUGCCAAGAGGGUUACUAUUAUGCCCAAAGAUAUCCAGCUUGCAAGAAGGAUUAGGGGUGAGAGAGCGUAGAAGAGUCGAUUUCAAUGGUCCUGUAAUGGUUUUAGGUUUGUAGUUUUGAGAAUCUGUUGGUUUGUUUGUAAAUUGCUUCAAAUCUAGUAGCUAAUUGGAUUUGAUAUUUUAAGCUCUCAUGUGUUCGUUGAAAUUAUUCAAUGAGACAGUGAUUUCAAGGCC